AUGGCUACGAAUAAUUAUUUUGGUUUUACUCAUGGUGGAACACAAUACACGGCUGCAGCUACCGGUGCGGCAUAUCAGACUGGCCAAGCGGGAUAUGCUGUAGCCACUCCUGUUAGUGCUGCUGCUACAUACGGGACACCUAGGGCUACGGGAUACGAGACGGCCUACCAAACCCCACAGGCGUACGGGACCCCUGCAGCCACCUCCUAUGAUUACGGUUAUGGUCAAACGGCAGCUACAGGUUAUACGGCAGGAUACGAUCAGUCAGCGGUUGUAGCUGCAGUAGCUAAACCUGCCACAUAUUCUACAACUUAUCCUCAGAGGACUAAUCAGCAACAACAGCAACAAGUACAAGCUACAUCGUACGUACAACCUGUAACACAGUCUUCAGCGGCUCAACCCACCACACAAGCUAAAGCCACCAUGUAUGUAGCGCAGCAGCAGCAACAACAACACCAAGGACAGCACAAAACUGGUGGAUGGCAAAAUUUUAGAAAAACUGGUUUGGGAGGCGCGAAAACAAUUAGGACUAAGGCUCCUCCAAAGCCACAACAGUUACACUAUUGCGAAGUGUGCAAAAUCAGUUGCGCUGGCCCACAAACAUAUCAAGAACAUUUGGAAGGACAAAAGCAUAAAAAACGCGAAGCCGCUUCAAAAAUGGCAGCGUCUGUUGCUGUCACUAGCCAAAACAGAGCUGGCAAUUCUCUUAGAUGCCAGUUGUGUGAUGUAACUUGUACAGGUAAUGAUGCCUAUGCUGCACAUAUACGCGGCGCCAAGCAUCAGAAGGUCGUUCUUCUUCAUACGAAAUUAGGCAAGCCGAUUCCUCCUCAAGAACCGGAAGUGAUUGGUGGAGCAAAGAAAACCGGAGCGGGCGAUUCAAAAAUAAAUUUCGUCCAAGGCGCGGGUCUUGGUGCUAUCUCUGGAAAUGGCGACAUUUCAAAGGAUGACGAAGAUGAUACUCCUGAAGCUGACGUAGUACCGGUUGGACAAGAUUAUAUUGAAGAGAUAAAAAGCGACGACGGAAAGGUUGUUAGCUUCAAUUGUAAAUUAUGCGAAUGUAGAUUUAGUGACCCCAAUGCAAAAGAAAUGCACAUGAAAGGCAGAAGACAUAGACUUCAAUACAAAAAGAAAGUCGAUCCUAAUCUAGUUGUUGACGUUAAACCAUCUUUAAGACAAAGAAAAAUACAAGAAGAAAAAAUGAGACGAGCUGCCAUGCGAGAGGAGUUUUGGGCUAGGCGUCAAAGCGAAGAAGGAUUCUGGGAUGGUAGAAAUUUUGGAGACGAAUACAUGGGUAUGGGUGGGCAUUACGGCAGAGGAAGACCUUUCCCUGGACCGGCACACUUCUUCCAAGGUAUGCCACGCAGGACCGAGUCUAGUGAUGACAAGCACGUAUUGGCUAGACACAGUGAAAUUUAUCCUAAAGAUGAAGAACUCCAGGCCAUUCAAAACAUCGUUUCUAAUACGGAAAGAGCUCUUAAAAUCGUAUCCGAUCAAAUAGCAGAUUUAAAACUUCCCGGAAAGAAGGGGGCCGAUGCAACUGCUGCUGUCGCUACUAUCAAAACUGAACCUGAAUCUAAAGGGCAAGAUGCGCCACAGAAGGAAGACGGACGUGAUAAUCAACUAUUUACUUUUCAUCAGGGUGAUACUGCCAGACUCUUGAAGGGAGUAAUGCGCGUAGGACAUCUCUCCAAAGGUCUCAUUCUCCGUGGCGAGACUAACGUUCAACUUGUCGUUCUCUGUGCAGAUAAACCCACUCUCACGCUCUUGAAAAAAGUCGUUGAACUUCUUCCUUCCGCCCUUAAACAAAUCGCUCCCGAAGAAGCAUACAGAGUAUCCAUAAAUGCUCCAGAAGCCGGCUUGAAUGUGGCGGGAAAGGACGGCAAUAUUUUGGUUCAAUUCACUAGCCCCGUCAUCAGAGAACUGCAAGAAGCUGCGAGCGGCGGGUUCGACCGGGAUGUUCUCUCACGCGGCAAGUGUCUCCAGGCGCUGGCAGCCCUCAGACAUACCAAAUGGUUCCAGGCUAGGGCACUAGGUCUUCACUCUUGUGCUAUCAUUAUCCGGAUCCUAAGAGACUUGUGCGAAAGAGUUCCUACUUGGGCGCCACUUUCUUCUUGGGCAAUGGAAUUGUUAGCCGAGAAGGUAAUCUCUUCAGUGCCUGGACAGAGUCAUCUAUCGCCUGGAGACGCAUUAAGACGCGUCAUGGAAGCCGUUGCUAGCGGUUUAUUGUUACCCGGAGGACCUGGUCUUGCAGAUCCGUGCGAAAAGGAUUCUCCCGACGCGUGCGUCACUUUGACAGCCCAACAGCGAGAAGAUCUCACUUGCUAUGCUCAGCACGCCCUAAGAUUAAUUGCUUUUAGGCAAAUUUAUAAGGUAUUGGGAAUGGAGCCUUUGCCAGCACCAAAAAAUAUGUUUAGAGAAAGAUAUGCACGUAAACGUCGCGCAGAACAAGAAACUACAGAAAGUGACGGUGGAAAACAAAUUAAGACGGAGACAACAGAAAAUGCUGUGAACACUAUUAAGUAA